UAAUCCACUGAUACACCGUUCCUUUCAUACAUUUCAUUCAGAAACAUCCUGAUCCAUUGGUACGCCCUUCUAUACAUACAUUUCAAUUAAAAAGAUCUCUAAUCCAUUAAUACACCCUUCCUUUCAUACAUUUCAUUCAAAAAUAUCUCUAUGAUCCACUGGUAUACCUUUUCAUACAUACAUUGUAAGAAGUUAGAUCACUACAAUCCACUGACACAAUUUACCUGAAAGGAAAACAAGUUCUUCUCUGAUCUUAGUUAUUUAAUAUUUCAACUUUACACAUUCUUCAAAGUUGCAGUUUUAAAUUCAUUCUUAUCGUUGGUUGACAAUUGCCUGUUUUAUAUCUCUGUUCAUUGAACAUUCUACUUUAGGUCUUUGACAUUUUAAUGUUAAAUUAAAUCGUGUGAACAACUGAGGACUUGAUCCACAAAUUCUACAGCUCCGUUUGCUUAACUUAUCGCUUUUGUAAACGGAAAACGUGUUUGGUUUCAUUAUGAAUUAAUCGCAAAUUCGAGGAGUUUUCAUUCAAAUUUUUUUCAUCCGGAUUAAAUAAAAUAAACAAGUAAAUGUGUUUUGACAGGUUAUGCCAAUGAGAUUGCUCAUAUGGAAUAUUAUUAAGCGUGUACUCACCUAAUGUCUUUUUUGUUUAGCGUCGCUAACGACAGCGCUAAUUAUAUUCACGUUCAUCUCAAAGUGCAUUUAAGUAAUGAAUGAAUUUGAAUGUGUAUAAAAGACAAUUUCACUGCUUCUCGGUGAAGUGAAUUCGUGAUUUGUUGAAAGAUUAAAGCUGUUUAUCGAAGAUCACGUAAGAAGUUGGGAUAAUUUUCCUGUCUUUCGGUGCGUAGCUAAACUGCAGCUGUCCUUUGUUGUCUUAGGAUAUUUCGAAACUUGCAUGAAAAUUUUCAUUGAAGAUUCGCACUCAUUUUCUUCUUUGAGCUUUUUAUAAAACUCCUCGUUCCCUUAUGGAGAAUAUACGGACGAAGAAAUUUGAGAAGGUAGAUAGCUUCCUUAGAAGAAUCCUUCCCCGCCAUCUUUAUUCAACCGUUCGGCUCAUCGAGCCGUGUAUCGCUGUAUCGAAUGUGUACAACAGAAAGUUGAAGUUUGUCAUAUUGACCGAUGAACAACUUUAUGUGGUAGAAAAUUCUCCCAAACAAAGCAAGGAUAUCGAGGAAGUCUCGCGAAUUUUGGAUAUAAUAUCUGUCGAGCUCAUAAACGACGUCCCGAACUUUCUCGGAGGCGAUCUAAAAUACAGAACACAUCAUAUUUUAGUAAAUUUUAGAAGUCACUCUGAAUCCUCGAAAGCAAAACUUUCUAAACUCUCGCAAAACACUUCCUCAGGGCUAUUAAAGAAAUCACUUCUCGAGAGUAAUAUAAAAAAUAUCACAGACGAUGAAAUAACAAAAAGUCUUCAGUAUGAUGAUUUUCGACUGAAAUUCAAAGGUAAACAAUCACAUAGAACUCGUUUAUCUAAGAGUGUGCAAGAGGAUAAAUUGACCACAUCUUUGUACGAGAAAGAUGCAGUACAAGGUUUGGAAUAUAAUAUAUCUCCUGUGUUGUCGAAAAGAGUUCGGAAAUCCCAACGAAGAAAUACUAACGACAAUGAUGAAAGCCAACAGUUGUGUCAUAAUUUGUCGCUAGUGAAUCGAAGACCAUACCAGGAACAACUGACUUCGAAGAAACGACAUUUGACUGAACACUUGCAAGAUAAUUCCAGGUUUGAAUUAAACUCUGCCCGGAAUCCCACGAGACAGUCGAACGACCGGAACCUAUCGAAUACUAGACCGUAUGAGUCCAAAACUUUGCAAUAUAAAUCUUAUGGAGAAUUUUCCUCCGAAGAUAAGUUGUUAUGCGAAGACAAGCAUUACAAUGAUGAAACAACGCGGAGCCGUGAACACCCUCAGCAAAAGCAUUUAAAACAAGAAAAGCGCGAGCUUCUCGUUUCAAAGCAAGAAUCUAGGAAAAGUUUAAAUUCAAGUAGUCAGUCAUGCGGUGAGAGUUUGCACUCCAUUGACCGUGAAAACGAAAGCAAUUCAUCAAAUUCUGUUCGUUUGAAUCAUUCAUUUUCAACCAUCGAAUGCGAAGGCAUCGCGCGGGCUCACGUCUCGUCAUCUCCUAAUUUUGGCAAAUACUCGAAAUUUACGUCGACACAGAAAAGGAUAGUCGAAACUAGAUUGCGGGAAUGGAAAAGCUCGGAAUUCGUGGAAAAGAUGUUUACUCCCAGUGAAAAUGCGGAUGGGGCUUCUGGCACAACUGACUACAGAUCUGUCGAAGAAAUUCAUCUUUACAUGAUAAUGGAUGAUACAAUCAUGCUAUCCUAUCUAAAUAGUGUAUGGAAUAAUUGUCUUUUGAAGUUAGAGUUGAUUAAAACCGUCAUCUGCCUGUGUUUAGAAUUCUGCCGUUCGAUAUGCAAGAGAAGUAAGGUGCCUGAACCCAAAACGAGAGGCAAUCCAACUAGGCAACAGAUUAUCUUACUUUAUAAUCAAUUGGAGAAAGAAAUCCUGACUGAGAACGACUUUCAAGUAACAUUUGAGUUGGUCGAUGAGUUGCUGACAGCUUGCCGAAAGCAUUUGUUGAUAAAGAAAUUAUUUUGGCAGUCUCCAGAUAUUAUUGUCUACUUUGUGGAAAAGAUAAAAAAUUACAUCCAUCAAGAUUCAACGAAAGUGGAGAAGGAAAACAGGGCAGAUGAACUGGAGUUUGCUGCACUUCUUGUUGAGUGUCUUGUUGAAAUGUGUCGAGAAACAGAUUUGCUUUCCUCACGGAUGAGUCGUCUAAAGACCAAAAAGUGUUCCAUUGUGUACGAUUUGAUAUCAACAAGUGUCGCACUUUUCGCGCAUAAAAGAAAAAGCAUAUACGCUGAAAAUAUGUAUCAUUCAGAGGCACAAACUUUGUUGUAUGUUGGGUCCCGUGACAGGAGAGACGAGAUGCUAAAAAGUGCGGACGAGUUUGAGUUGAAUCAACUAUACGGAGAACUCGUGCAGCAACAAGUUGCUUUGUUACAUGAAGUAUUACUCAUGGCUAAUCAGAAUUCAUGGAUUUCACGUGAAGACAAGAUCUUGAGCACCUCUUUGAUACUCAAAUCAAUCGAAUCUUCGCCAAGGAUAUAUGACUUUCUCGAAGCAUUCAUGAAACAGUUGAUGGCAAUUGUGAGAAAAGUUGAGAAUGGCGUUUUGACCACAGGUCAUUCGAUAUUUCUGUACAGGUUCCUUUCUGUCCUGAAAACAUUACUGCAGCAAAGCGAGACAAUACGUCAAUAUAUUUGUGAUUACUACACGGAGGAAUUCAGAUACUACAUCAAACCUCACUCAAUAUCGGAAUCUCUAUCACAAGAUUGGCCUUUGACAUUGUCAACUAGAAGACUUAUGAAUGAGGUCUGUCGUUUGGUUACCAUUCCUCUGACGUAUUCUGGGCCAUCUUUAAGAUGACGUCAUACUGACAUACUCUCAUUACUGGAGCAUGCGUGUUUUAUUCUCGUCCAUUUAUGGAAUCCCGGUAGCUUAAUUUUCGCAAAUUCAUGAACCUGUGAAGGAAAUUCUUAAGGAAAAAGAUGUGACGAUGAAAAAAAGUAUUGCAGCCCAUCAAAUUGUUUUCAAA